AUGGUAUUCCAAAUUAUCUUCUGCACUCAUCUCUUGGGAUACAAAAAAUGUGUUUCUGAUCACUCUUUAUACACCAAGUCUACUAAUAGUGAAUUUACUGCAGUAUUAAUAUAUGUGGAUGAUAUAGUAUUAGCUGGAAAUUCUUCUCAAGAAAUUCAACCUCUGGUUCCUCAUUAUGCAGCUGCUACUACAAUUUUGAAGUAUCUUAAAUCUGCCCCUGCAAAAGGUUUAUUUUUCCCUGUUUCUAGUUCUUUAAAACUGACUGGAUAUGCAGAUUCUGAUUGGGCAAGAUGUCAUGAAACUAGAAAAUCAAUUACUGGUUAUUGCGUGUUUAUUGGUUCCUCGUUAAUUUCCUGGAAAUCAAAGAAGCAGAAUACUGUUUCAAGAUCCUCCACUGAAGCAGAAUAUAGGGCACUAGCUUCCCUCACUUCUGAAAUUCAAUGGUUUGCACAUUUGAUUGAUGCUUCGGUUAUAGCUAAUUACACCAAUAAAAUUGCAAUAGAAAAGAAAUAUCAAAAUCUUUAG